GUCCAACUGAAUUCAAAAUCCGUACGUGUAUGAAAAUUUGGUUUCGAAUCAAAUUUGACGAACAACAAUGAAUUAUAUCAACCGGUGAUUACUUAAGAUUUUCUGUCUAGUUUUGUUUGAACUAGUCGUUGUUGAAUAAGCCUGUUCUGGUCCUUUCCUUAAAGCGCGUUUUCGUAAGCAUGAAUCCGGAGAGGGUCGCAUUGCUUAAGCAGUUUGUUGAGUUGCUUAAAGAGAAACCUGAAGUUCUCGACACCCCUGAACUGUCGUUCUUCAAAGAUUGGCUUAAAAGUCUUGGGGCUAACGUUCCUGUUUCACAACCUAACCGACACACUGAAAAUUCGUUUUCAGACGACUCUGGUGCAGAUGAGACCUCAGAAUCUGAAAUAGAGUUUGAUGAUGAAGUGCUGCCAAAGGAACCUGUCCCAGACUUAGAUAUGGGUGACGAUUCGAUAGAAGUAACUGAUGAAUUGAGAGAAAAAGCUGAAGAAAAGAAAUGUGAAGCAAUGGCUAAAAUGUCUGAUGGAGACUUUACUGGGGCCGUUGAUUUGUUCACCGAAGCAAUUAAACUAAACCCCCAGUCCUCACUAUUUCAUGCUCGACGUGCAAGUUGCUUUGUACGAAUGAAAAAGCCGUCCCAUGCUAUCGCAGAUUGUGACAAAGCUAUUUCGUUAAACCCUGAUUCUGCACAACCUUACAAAUGGAGAGGAUUUGCUAAUAAAAUGAUUGGUAAUUGGGAAGCCGCCUAUCGGGAUCUUCAGACAUCUUUGAGGUUAGACUACUCAGAUGAUGCCAAUGAAGCGAUAAAGGAAAUCGAACCAAAGGUAAUUCUUCGUAAUUGAAUACUUAUCUGUAUGUAUGUCCGUAUCAUUUUUACUUACGAACUGCCUCGUGAGACUCAUGAAAAUUAUCACUGUUUAUAACAAAAUGAGCAUUAGUCUAGUACACUAACAUAUAUCUAGUCACCAAGGUGGUUCGAAAUGGCUUGUGUCGAAUUUUCCACAUUUGUUUCCUUCAGUGUAGCAGGUCGCCUUGUUUGUAUACUUAGUAUAUCUAUUGUUUUCAGGAGCCCAGAGUCUUGCUGACAUUACCAAUGCAUACACCGGUUUAGGGUUGCCUAGUGAAGGAUGAGUAAUCUAGACGUAAAUUCAUUCUACAAUUGGCUCAUAUUUGAGUUGCUAAAUACUGAUCUUGAUCCCUAACCAUCCGGCUUACCCAAAAGAGCGUCCUGUUCUGGUAACAAAAAUCAAUUUCAGGCCUUCCUCCUCCCCUUUUGGACUUUCCUAAUUCACUAAUCCAUUAAGCCAUCAAAAAUAAGGAUUAGCAUUCCUGCGACUUUGUAAAUUUCAUCGGCAGGCGUGCGUACACUGACUGACUUUUGCAGAGUUUAUCUUAAGUGUAAAUGAUCUACUUUUGGCAUAAGGGUGAGUAUUUUACACACUGCCCCUAUUACGUUUUGGUUAUUGAACAUAUCUAAAGAACCCACAUGGGUUAGUCGUUAGUGGUGAUACCGUCGUGUGAAUAACACUGAGCUCAGCCGUAAUAUAUUAAAGUGACGGUUCGAUUACUAAGUAUUUAGACUUCACUGAGAUCGUUUCGUAGCCCUGGUCCGUCGUCUAUGACAACUUCGGGGUACGUGGUCGGUUUUGUGGCAUGGUUGAGGUUGUGACGUCAGCUAGAUGUACAUUUCUGACCUGACUGUUAGGGUAAUUGUUGCUUCACGGUACAUAAAAUGUCGAAAGUCGACUAAUCAAAUGGAUGUGUUUAUUUCCUUGCAUACUGGCCGUAAUCUGUGGUUUUACCCUUUCUUAAUAUGUAUUCCGUACAUUUAGUCCACUACUCCGCGUGUCUAGAUUUUAGUCUUGAUGUGACGUGUAGCAACUCUAACGGAAGCAACUUCUGACCACAUCCCGUAUUAUUAAAGGACAAUCCCAACUUUGAUUUCAAUUUUACGCACAUGUUUGUUACAGUUAUUUUGGUAUUGUUUUCCGAAUAGCACAAACGAAUCUUCGAACAUAACAUGAAGUAUGAACGUAAACGACAAGAAAAGCUAGAACGAGAAAAACGCGAGCGAAUUCGAAAAGCACGAGAAGAGCGUGAACGCGCCCAGAGAGUAGGUCAACUUGUUUGUACUUGGAAAAAUGAUUGUGUAUAAAUUUGUUUUUCACUGAGUUAUUUCAAUGCCUGAGAGUAAACUACUGUAAACCAUAAAUUUUGUUUUUGUAGUGUGUACUAUUCUCCAUUCAUAAGUAUUUAUUUCCAAGUUGGUAUAUUUAGGUGUCCUCACACAAACGUCCAUCGAUUUCAUUAUCUUUUGACAAGUCGACCUUUUUUAAAAACAGUAAAGCGAGUUCAACUUAGACUUUAGUCAUUUUAAAUACGAAGCUUAUAAAUUAGGUCACUUUGAAUUCCUUAUGUUCAAAAGUUGAAUUCAGCUCCAAAGUGGUUAUCUUAAAACCACUUCUAACUUAUCUGAUCGCUUAGAAAAGUCAAACCUAUAUUUUUUUAUUUUGGAAUGAGUGCUCUUUUUGUUAUUACCGAUGUACCGCUCUACCAUAAUUAUUAGUUAAGUGGGCUUGUUUGUCGUAGCUUUCAAUUUUCUUAUUUUUCCGUGAAUAGGAUACAGAAAAACCCGAUUUUGACAUUCCAGGAAGCGGUAACAUUCCAGGCAUGGACAAUAUGUUUUCGCAACUCUUCAAUGAUCCAGAAUUGAUGUCUGCUAUCCAGGUAAAUAUCAUAUAGUUUUUAAACUCAUUCUGCACAGCACUUGCCCAUGUUUUUGGAAUCAUCGUUGAGUCUGGUGACUAAAGUCGGACCAUUUAGAACCUAGCCCGUAUUUUGGGGACUACCAAAUAUCGUCAGUCUGAUUUAUCUAGUUAGGAAAUUCCUGAUGUUUAUGUAUAGAAUUUGUAGUUUUUUAGUCUUCGGUAGUAUAAAGAGACUAGCAAUAUAAUCCGAGUGUUGAGGUUCUAACAGUUUAAUUAUAAACAGCAAAGUAAAUUCUACGGUACUCACUAUUCCAUCCAUAACCACUGAUAUCUUAAUUAUCUAAUAAUAAUGAUAAUAGGUAGUCACUAAUUUGCUUCUAUUUCAUAGCCUGCUAAUAGCAGAUUUUUAGUUCUGAACGGUAUUAUUACAAGUUAUACUUGACUUUAUGUGAUCAAAGGUCUAUAAAAAGUGCUCCAAGUAUGAAUUCCUACUUUUAGGUUUAAUAAUAAGUUCAGCUCUGCUAGAAGUUGAUCCGCGUACUUUAAAGUUUUUGUUUUAUAGAUCAAAAAGCUAUGUUUAAUCCAUCCUUACAUACUCGCAUUAACUUUUUUAGGACCCUGAAGUGAUGAAGGCAUUCAGCGAAGUAUGCUCAAACCCAGCUGCCAUGGAUAAGUACAAAAACAACCCCAAGGUAAUGAAGGUCAUUGAGAAAAUGAAGAAUAGAUUUGGUGGUGGUGGCGGUGGUGCUAUGCCCGGUAAGUCAACCAUACCGACAGAUUUGGAUUUGAAUAACGUUUACAAACUGAUAUACACCUUAAAGUGCACUUUCUUUUCGAUGUAUCAGUUAACAGAUUUGUAGUUAGUAUAGGUAAUCAGAUUUUCGAACAGCGUAUAUCACUAUAGCCACGUCCAGUAAUGUUAGACAGACGUUUAAAUAUAAAAUUUGUCUAAUAAAACAUUUUCCUAAGUAUUCUUGAGAUCAAGAUCCAGCUACGUGAUCGUGAAUAAUACUGCAGCUUGUAGAAGUGGUUCAAUGGUAUUUUCACCAGUCUACAGACCGGUGCAUGUGCUAAGAAUUUGCACUCGACUCCAAUGAAUUGGUGAGUUGCGCUUUUGAAUUUUACGCAGUAAAUGGAGUCCAACAACGCUAUUCCAAAACCUCAUAUGACUCUUAGUCGGGCUACAUUUCAUUGGAGUCGAAACAUUCAGUUGUUCAUUUUAUUAAAGACCUAUCGGUCUACCUUUUGCUUACUCAGCUAUGUUUAAAGUAAAUAACAAAAUAAAACUUGUCUAUUUUAUCAAACGUAUUUAUAAAAACAGCUUCGUAUUAUAUUCCUCAUGUAUUUAAUGUGGAUAAAUUUUUAGGAGGUAUGCCGUUCGGAAUGGGUGGAGCUGGAUUCAAUAUGCCUAACCAGUCAUGUCCAGGUAAGAUUUAAUAAAAAAAUAACCUGUUACUGUGUCAUUUAGAUCUAGACUAGGUAAAGAAACAUUGAUCUCAGUCAUCUGGUGAUUCCAUUUAAAUACAUUUAAUCCCUCGACAUUUUCGUACAUAUGAAUAAAAGCUUCCAGACUGU